CAGAAGAUUUGCUGUGCUGUAUCUGUUUGACGUUGUAUACGUGGUUUUCUUCUGCAAUAGUGACUCCCUAUAAGAAAAUAAUUCAUUUUUCCGGGAUAAAACAGUAAAAUUCUAUAAAUUUUUAGUCGGAUUCAGUGCAAAAAUGCCUCUCCGGUUGGAUAUCAAGAGACGUCUGACGAGUCGUUCGGAUCGUGUAAAAUGCGUGGAUUUGCAUCCUUCAGAACCAUGGAUGCUCUGUGCUCUGUACAGUGGCCAUGUCCAUGUGAUGAAUUACGAAAAUCAGCAAAUGGUUAAGGAUUUUGAGGUGUGUGACCUUCCGGUGCGGAGUGCGAGAUUCGUGGCCCGCAAAAAUUGGGUUGUAACGGGCUCAGAUGAUAUGCAAAUCCGUGUAUUUAACUACAAUACCCUGGAGAAGGUGCACUCGUUCGAGGCUCAUUCAGACUACGUCCGUAGCAUCGCUGUCCAUCCAACUCAGCCACUGAUUCUCACCAGUAGCGACGAUAUGUUGAUAAAACUGUGGAACUGGGAGAAAAUGUGGGCCUGCCAGCGAGUCUUUGAAGGGCACAUCCACUAUGUCAUGCAAAUAGUAUUCAAUCCCAAGGACAAUAACACUUUUGCCAGUGCAUCCUUGGACAGAACGGUUAAGGUUUGGCAGUUGGGCUCAAAUAUGGCUAAUUUCACUCUCGAGGGACACGAAAAAGGAGUCAAUUGCGUUGAUUACUACCACGGUGGAGACAAGCCCUACCUUAUCAGUGGAGCAGAUGAUCGAUAUGUAAAGAUCUGGGACUAUCAGAACAAAACUUGUGUUCAGACCCUGGAAGGGCAUGCUCAGAAUAUUUCUGCUGUAUGCUUCCAUCCGGAGUUGCCGAUUGUGUUGACGGGAUCUGAAGAUGGUACCGUGAGGAUUUGGCAUUCAGGCACCUAUCGCCUGGAAACAUCCCUCAACUACGGCUUUGAGCGUGUGUGGACUGUAGCAUGCAUGAGGGGGACAAAUAAUGUGGCUUUGGGCUACGAUGAGGGUUCAAUUAUCAUCAAGGUAGGCCGAGAAGAGCCUGCUAUGUCGAUGGAUGUCAAUGGAGGAAAAAUAAUCUGGGCAAAGCAUUCGGAGAUGCAGCAAGUAAAUCUCAAAGCACUUCCGGAGGAUACUGAAAUCAAGGAUGGAGAGCGCCUUCCGGUGGCUGUCAAAGAUAUGGGAGCCUGUGAAAUCUAUCCGCAGACCAUUGCUCACAAUCCUAAUGGGAGAUUUGUGGUGGUAUGUGGAGAUGGAGAGUAUAUCAUUUAUACAUCCAUGGCUCUGAGGAAUAAGGCAUUUGGAUCAGCUCAGGAAUUUGUCUGGGCAUCAGAGAGCAGUGAGUAUGCAAUAAGGGAGAGCAGUGGAACAGUUAAAUUGUUCAGGAAUUUCAAGGAGAGAAAAUCCUUUACUCCGGAUUAUGGGGCAGAGGGGAUUUUUGGUGGAUAUAUGCUGGGUGUUAGAACAUCUUCUGGAUUGACGUUCUAUGAUUGGGAAUCCAUGGAGUUGAUACGGCGCAUUGAGGUGCAGCCGAAGCAUGUUUUCUGGAAUGAAUCGGGAUCAUUGGUGUGCCUGGCCACGGAUGAAUCUUACUUCAUUUUGAGUGUGGAUACGUCAGCCAUUGCAGCGGUGAUGGAGUCUAAGCAGGGACUGACGGAGGAUGGCAUUGAGGAUGCUUUUGAGGUUCUGGGAGAGGUGACUGAAGUGGUGAAGACGGGUCUUUGGGUGGGAGAUUGUUUCAUCUAUACCAAUUCGGUCAAUCGGAUUAAUUACUAUGUUGGCGGAGAGAUUGUCACCAUAUCGCAUCUGGACAGGACAAUGUAUCUGUUGGGGUAUGUGCCCAAGGACAAUCGUCUCUAUUUGGGUGACAAGGAACUCAAUGUGACAAGUUUCUCCCUCCUGCUGGCUGUCCUCGAGUACCAGACGGCUGUUAUGCGCAGAGAUUUUGAGACAGCUGAUCGGGUUCUGCCCACAAUUCCGCGUGAACAUCGGACGAGAGUGGCUCAUUUCCUGGAGAAGCAGGGCUUCCGGGAACAGGCUCUGCAGGUGUCAACGGAUGCUGAGCAUCGAUUUGACUUGGCACUGCAAAUAGGGGCCCUUGGGAUUGCCCUGGAACUUGCCAGGGAAUCCGACAGUCCGCAGAAGUGGAGUCAAUUGGCUGAAGCUGCCACGGCUAAGAAUGAUUUUGUCCUCAUGCAAGAAUGUCUCGAGCGAGCCAAUGAUUUUGGUGGUCUCCUUCUCCUGGCCACUUCUAUCGGGGAUGCAGGAAUGCUGAGAUCUCUGGGUGAGAAUGGAUCGCGUCAGGGAAAGCAUAAUAUAUCCUUCCUCUCCAUGUUUUUGCUGGGCGACACUGAGGCAUGCUUGGACAUUCUCAUCAAUACAAAUCGCCUCCCAGAAGCUGCCUUCUUCGCCCGAACGUAUUUGCCAGACAAAAUUUCCCAUGUGGUCAGCCUGUGGCGGGAGGAGCUGGGAAAGACCAAUGAGAAGGCAGGACAGAGCCUGGCUGAUCCGAAGAACUAUGAAAAUCUCUUUCCCGGAAUGCACGAUGCUGUGAAGACUCAGCAAUUCCUCCAGGAAACCCAAUCAAGGAGCAUUCCAGCACAGGCUGCUGCAUCCCUUCCGCUAAAUAUUGACAGAAAUGCCAUUUCAGAGAUGAAAGCAGCUGAAGAGGGAGGAGCUUUCGAUUACAGUCCGAAUGGCACGAAUUCCAAGCAGCCAAAGGAGGUACCGGUGAAUUGGUGUGGAACAAUGCCACCAUCUGAAGGGAAUCUGGUGGAUUUGAGUGAGCAGACAGCGCCUAAAAGUGAUUUACCUCCGCCCAAGAGAAAAUCAUCUCUAGAUGAAUUUGACUUGGAGAUCGAAGGGAUCACUCUGGAUGAUAAUAUUGAUACAUCGGAUGUCAACAUUGAUGACGAUUUGAGCGAAUAAUUUGCAGCCUGUUGGGCGACAAAAUGAUGCAGUCUUCAAGGCUCUUUAGAUAUAUUGUUCUAUGUAUUCCACUUUAUAUAACUUUUCAUGUUGCCCAAAUGAAAAUUUGUGGGGAAAUCUGAAGAAAAA